AUGGCUUCUUUCGAUAAAAGACCCGUCACCAAUGUGAUCGUUAUUGGAGCCGGCUUUUCCGGGCUAGCCAUGGCAUGCCAGCUCCAAAGAAAACUUAACUGCGAUGACUAUACGAUCUACGACCGUUCUUCUGCGCCAGGUGGUGCUUGGUGGGCGAACAAAUACCCAGGAUGUGCCGUCGAUAUUCCGGCUGUCUUCUACAGUCUAUCUUUCGCCCCGAAUCCCAAUUUUUCCAAAAUAUUUCCCUCGCAGGCCGAGAUCUUAAACUACUUCAACGACGUUGCGGAAAACUUUGACGUGACUCGACAUAUUAUUCCGAACACGGAAUGGGAGGGAGCUUAUUGGCAGGAACUGACUAGUACUUGGCUUGUUAAGCUAAGGAAUUUAUCUAAUGGUCAAUUAUACUACCAGGAAUGCAAGAUCCUCAUCUCUGCCGUGGGGGGUCUAGUAAACCCCAACAAGUUUGAUGUUCCGGGGAUGGAUGACUUUCAAGGUGAUAUCAUUCAUACUGCACGGUGGAAAACGGAUGUGUGGCUUCAUGGCAAGGAUGUGAUUGUCGUUGGCAAUGGAUGCUCGGCAGCUCAACUUGUCCCGGCAAUUGCUGAUGAGGCAAAGAGUAUUUCGCAAUUUAUUCGGACACCCCAACACUAUCUGCAAAAUGAUAAUUUGCAAAUCAAUGACAAGUGGCGUUUUAUCUUACGCCAUGUGCCAGGUGUUCUCUUGCUUUUCAGGAUCCUCGUCUUCCUCUUCCUAGAGAGUACCGCGAUCAGAUUCAAGGUAACUGGGAGUGGCCUGAGAGCCAGGAAUCAAUCAGCUGAGAGAAGUCGAGCGUACAUUAAAAAAAACGCACCCGAGGAAUAUUGGCCACUGCUCAUGCCGAAAUAUGAGAUCGGAUGCAAACGACGAGUUUUCGACAGCUGCAAAUAUGUCAGUUGUCUUCAAAGAAGCAACGUUCAUCUCACAGAUGAUCCAAUUACUGCCCUGCGUCCCCGUUCAAUUCUAACCAAGUCUGGCCGGGAAUACCCUGCAGACACAAUCGUCCUCGCCACAGGGUUCUCCUUGACUCAGUACGAUGUAGAAUUGAUCGGUCGACAUGGUCGAUCUCGAGCACAGCACUGGGAUGAUUUCGGCUACAAGGAAGCCUACAAGUCCAUUGCCAUGUCAGAAUUUCCCAAUUUCUUCUACGUCCUGGGACCCAACUCGGGCAAAGGUCAUACUUCUACCAUCUACUCCAUUGAGAACUACGUCGAUCUCAUUAUCCAGGUGAUCGCACCUGUGAUCCGGGACCAAUCUACCUUUGUCGAGGUCAAAGCCGACAGUGAGAAAAAAUAUAAUGAGAUAUUACACGAAGUGAUCGGGAAGACUAUUUUCAAUAACUCCUGUUUCAGCUAUUUCAUCGACCAGAAGACUCAAAAGAACUGGUUCAUUUACCCAUGGAGCUCGUUCGACAUGUGGUAUGACACCCAUCUAGGACUUUCGAAUGAAUGGAUCUACGAUAUCCGAACUCAGAAAAAGAAACCGGUGCUCUCUUCGACGAUUUUGCCAAUGAUACUUGCGCUGCCGAUCGCCUUGUUCGUUUUGAAGGUGGUCCUAAGCGGAGAUAAUGAGUUUACGAAGAGCUUUCGACGGCGCUUUUGA